CGUCAUUCAACCAGCGCAACGUCAGUCAUUUAAUCGCCAAAGCAGGAUGAACCACAGCAUAGUGACUGAGUUUAUAAUUUUGGGCCUCAGCAGAAAUCCUGAACUCCAGGGAGUUCUCUUUGUCAUCUUUCUCUUCAUCUAUCUUGUGGCUUUUCUUGGCAAUAUGCUCAUUGUGGUUGCCAUAAUUUAUAACACCACCUUGCAUACCCCCAUGUAUGUCUUCCUUCUGGCACCGGCAAUCGUGGACAUCAUCUGCACAACAAGCAUCAUACCCAAAAUGCUGUGGACCACACUCACGUCAGAGGAGAUCAUCUCAUAUGGUGGCUGCAUGUCCCAGCUCUUCUUCUUCACAUGGUCCCUUGGGGCUGAGAUGGUUCUGUUCACCACCAUGGCCUACGACCGCUAUGUGGCCAUCUGCUUCCCUCUUCGCUGUACCACUAUUAUGAACCAUCAUAUGUGUGUGGCCUUGCUCAGCAUUGUCAUGGCUAUUGCAGUGACCAGUUCCUUGGUGCACAUGGGUCUCAUCCUGAAGCUCACCUUCUGUGGCCCCCAUACCAUUGGCCACUUCCUCUGUGAGACACCUCCCCUUCUAGCUUUGUCCUGCAGUCCCGUGAGAGUCAACGAGCUGAUGGUGUAUGUUGCUGACGACAUCCUUGCCGUUGGUGACUUUAUUCUCACCUUCAUCUCCUAUGGUUUUAUUAUUGCUGCUAUUCUCAAAAUCCGCACAGCAGAAGGCAAGAAGAAGGCCUUUUCAACAUGCUCAUCCCACCUCAUCGUGGUUUCCCUCUACUAUUCCCCUGUAAUCUACACCUAUAUCCACCCUGCUACCAGCUACACAUUUGACAAGGACAAGGUGGUAGCUGCACUCUAUACUAUUGUGACCCCCACAUUAAAUCUGAUUGUGUAUAGUUUCCAGAACAAGGAGAUGCAGGUGGGAAUUAAGAAAGUGUUUCUUCUCUGA